CCGACCGCGCCGAGCGUCGAGCUACGCUUCGCGGCCGCCACGAAAAUCAAUCCCGCGACGCGUUCAAUUUCCUCGCCGAGGAACCGGGAGGAAAGAGGCUCCCGACUCGCGGAACCCAGGAGACACCCGCCGCGAGGAGGCCCGACGACAUGCUGAAGAGAUUGCUGAGCAAGUCCGGCCGCAGGCUGCUGCGGGCGAUCAAGAAGCUGUCGACGAGGAGCCGGGAGGCGAAAAAGUCGCAGAACUUGACCUCUUGGCACUCGGCCAUACCGGACCUCGAGACCGCCUCUCUGUCGUGGUCCCUGCCGUCCCUGGACUCGAAGAGCAUCGACACGCUGACGACGUACGUCGCGGAGAACUCCGAGGACUGCGUCUCGUCGUGCUGCUACUGCGACGAGUACGAGGAGAACCAGAGGAACGAGAACAUCGAGAACGAGAUGAUCGUGUAACGCUUCCUGCCCGCUCGUCCGCGAUGGGACCUCCGUCUCGGACCGCUGGCGAGAAUCGAUUCCCCUCGAACGAGCGGGGAACCGGCAAACCGGAGGCUCGGAUAACCGAUGCCGAGCCGGGGACACGCGAACGCGAGGCUCCUCCCGCGCUCCGUUCCAAAGAGCACCCGCGGAUUCCUUUAUUUUUCGAGCAACGGAGGAGCCUCGCGAGAACCGGACCACGUCCGUCCUUCUUCGAUCGACGCGGGCAGCGUUUACGCCGCGAUCCCGAAAACCGCUGGCUGGUGUAUUUAUUUAUUCGUGAUCUCGUUUAGACCCGCAGUCGGCGUCGAAAUCCUAGGCCGUACCAAAUAUCUGUCCACGAACGAGCAACGCGCGGAUCCAUCGCUCCCUCGCCGGUCUCGAUCGUUUUUUAACGCGCGGGAACCGACGUUUCUUGGCUUCUCGAAUGUCCGAAACAUUGCGAAACAACGGGCUGAAACUGGUAGGAUUUUUGGUAAUCGAUGCGAUCGUCGAAAUCGGCGAGGGAGCAGUCGGUCCGCGAGUCGGCUCCCGGAGAUUCGUCGUACCUUUGUAUCGAAAAGCAAUGUCGACUACGCGCGUGGAUGAUCGUGUGCAAUCGUGCGAGACCGUUCGAGCCAGACUAAAGAAAUAUUGUACAUAACAGACGAACCGUUUCAUCGUACGACGAAUGCGUCUUCUUUCCCCCAGGCGUUGACCGCCGGCGAAUCUACAACGAAACGAUCAAACUCGCGACCGGACGUCCCCCGAGCGUUUACUGUUACGUUCUUUUCGACGUGCUCGACACACAAUCGAUGUUAGAGUUAGCUGACCACGACGAACCGAGAGAAUGCGAAGACAAAGUGUGCACGCGUGCGAGAGAAUGCGAGGAACAUUGAUGGAGGAGAAACCGCGGGUCGGAUAUAUUCGACUUUUCUACGCCGCGUCUCGUUUGCACUUUUUUGCUCAAACGUGUUUGUCCGUCGACGGGAGAGCGAGAGACGAAGAGAGCAGAGUGUUGCGUCUAUUCGGGUAUAGUCUGUAGAAUUUCUAUGUAUAUAUAUGUUACACGAGCGUACGAUGUAUAUAACAAAACGACGACGAAGCCGACCACGACGGAUGAACGCGACGUCGCGGGCGUCUCGAUCAUAUUUUCACUGUAUGUCCGACGAGGCUGUGACUUUCUAAUGGAUGCGCGAUUGUCGUGAAUAAAAUAGUUUUAUCGACCGA